AGCGCAGGUGGCUGGAACUGACUCCGAUCAGCUGGAGGGAGUGAAAUCUGCGUCAGUUUCACUGAAAAACACACUAUCCCCGGCCGGGUGCGACACGAAUCAGAACUCCAGGCAUCAAACAGCGGACCGGGAGUUUUCACCGUCAGUGGCCUCUGGAGAUUUCAGCAAGCCUGAUUUCUAUAAAGGAGGAGCGUGGACCAGGGUGAAGCACUGAAAAGAGAAGGUUGGCAGCAUAAAAUAGUGACAUUGCUUUCAUCAGCAUUGUGAGACAGGAGUCGACCCGCCACGAUGUCGUCCCGCACCGGUCUGCGGAUGAUGUUAAUGCGGGAGCAGCUGCAGAAGGAGGAGCAGCGGGAGAAGGAGCAGCAGCAACAGGCUGCGAUGCAUUUCACGCAACAGCGCAUGGCGAUCAACGCCACUCCUGCCAUCAACGUCAGCAACUCCAUCCAGUACCAGUCACGGCCACAGGUUCCCGUAGAGGUUUUAAAGGUUGAGACUCACUUGGAGAACCCCACCAAGUACCACAUCCAGCAAUCGCAAAGGCAACAAUUGAAGCAGUUCCUCUCCUCCAACUAUGGCAACAAGAUGGCUGUGCAGUCCCUGGGGCACUCGCACUCUCCUCAACCUUCAACCAUCUCGCCUGGCUUGAGGAAUGAUCAUGGGUUGUCUGGCUCCACUGGAAACAGUGCCCCUAACAGCCCCAUGGCUAUGCUGAACAUUGGCUGCAGUUCAGAACAAGAGAUGAGUGAAGUAAUUGAUGAUAUAAUUAGCCUGGAAUCCAGCUACAAUGAUGAUGUUCUUGGCUACAGGGACCCCACUGUUCAGAUGCCAAAUACAUUACCACUUUCCAGCAGCCACAUGGAUGUCUACACAAGCCAUGCAAUUGCAUCAACUACAAGCGCUUCAUGUCCUGCCAAUAUUGCCAUUAAAAGGGAAAUGUCAGAAUCAGAAGUGCGAGCAUUGGCUAAAGAGCGACAGAAGAAAGACAAUCACAACCUCAUUGAGCGCAGGCGAAGGUUUAACAUCAAUGAUCGGAUAAAAGAAUUGGGACUGUUAAUCCCAAAGUCCAAUGACCUGGAUGUUCGUUGGAAUAAGGGGACGAUACUGAAAGCCUCGGUCGAGUACAUCAAACGACUCCAGAAGGAGCAGCAAAGAACCAGAGAGAUGGAGGGCCAGUCAAGGAGGCUGGAAGUCACCAACAACCAGCUGCGGUUUCGCAUUCAGGAACUGGAGAUGCAAGCUCAGGCCCAUGGACUGUCCACUGUCUCGCCCUCAGGGCUGAACACAUCAGAGCUCCUUGCUUCUUGUGUCAAACAUGAAGAGAAUCCCGUGAACUCACUUCAGCAGCCACACCAGCACCAGCAUCACCAACAGCCUCCUCAAAGCCAAUUGGAUUUUGCUCAGUCCUUUGGCUUUUGUGACUCCUCGCUGGGCUACGGUGACACCAUGAGCCAGUUUACUGACCUGUCCUUCAAUGUUCCCAUCAAAAAGGAAUAUCAGCUGGAUGACAUGUUAAUGAUGGACGACGUGCUCUCUCCUUUGGGGAAGGACCCCCUCCUCUCCUCUGGGUCGCCAUUGGCUUCCAAAACAAGCAGCCGACGGAGCAGCAUUAGUAUAGAUGAUGGUGACAUUCUGUGACACAGAACAUCUAGCUUUAAAGCUACAAUGUGUGUGUAAAACUAUUGGAUGGGUAAGAUGAGGAGAUGCUACCUUUUGAGGUUCAGGAAUUUCCUGAACUCCUACUGAUUUGAAGAAUGUAUCAGAAGUUGCUCUCUUUUACUGACUUCCCGGUUUUGAAGAUUUUCACGUCCUUUUGCAGGCCAUAUUUUAAAGAUAUUUUGUGGAGUCUGUCUAAUAUUCUUUUUCCCAGUCGACCGCAUGACUUUGUGCCAUAUCCAUGACGCCACCUCUUCCCAACACUAAUUAACGUACUCCCCCGAGUAUACGACUGAUCACUGAGCCACCAUCUUUUAAGGAAGGCAUUGGGUUUAAGUCUGUGUUCAGCCACAGUUUGCAUUGUGAAAAUCCGUCAGUGUUUUCUGUGACUGAGGUGAAGUUAGUACCGGGGUUAAGAGGUGGAGCUCUGUUAGAAAUUGAGGCUUCAAACAUCCCUUUUUGAGCUGAAUGAUCACAAUUCCCAUUUUUCCUUUCUAGUUUGUUGGUCAGGCACAGCUUUUAAUGCUGUAACUGGAUCCUUUCUCACAGGAUAAUCCAAAAUUUGAAUCCUUAAUACCACUACUUAGCUGAUCUGUACCUGGAAUAGGCUCGCUAUUGCUGAUCUAGAGAGUCCUAGUGUAUGAACAUUAUUCUCAGGCAGAAAAUGAGUAGGUAUACUUCAGAGUCAUAUGAAGCUAGGGUUGGACUCACAACCCAUUGCCUUAUUUUUAAACACCAUUUCCCCCCAAUUUAGACGAUGUGAGAAGUCGCGGUCCACAUUCAUAAAUGAAUCGGCUCUUUUCUGCAGAGCAGAGUCGAUGGCCAACUGACCUAAUUCUGCUCUUAUGUCUCAUGGUCUUUAAGCAGAGCAAAGCAGGUAGCUGGAUAAGCAAAGUUUCUGUGGUCCCAGUCAUAUACAAAUAAAUUAAUCAAUCCUUAAUCAAACACAAGCAGAAUCUCUUGCACUUAUGAUUUGCUGUUUCCAGCAUUUGCGGAAUCUGUUGUGUUUAUGAUUCACCAGUCCCUGUUGCUGAGUUUUAUAUGUGGGAAUUUCAAUUAAUAGGAUGAGAUUGCCUUGUAUUUCUGAUGUAUUCUCAUUGUCCCUGCUAUUUUAAUCCAUGUAUUCAGACACUGGAAGUCCUCUCAGCUGAGUGAGUGAGGGCCCUAAUUUUAGUGCCAAGGUAGGUACGUCAGGAUGAUGAUUUUGUGAUGUCCCCACAGUCUUAAUCACAAGUCUGUGCAGCCUCUGAUAACGAACAAUCUCAGUCAGAGGAGAUCCAGACAAGGGAUUAAAACCAGUGGCCCUGGAGAACUAGAACUGGUUCAUCCUAGCCCUAAAGGCCACCUUAAAGUGUCAGCUCUUGUGCUUUCAGCCCUUACUGAUCAGAGCUGCUCCCCACCUUGUAUUUAUUUACCUGAUAAGGAGCUAUUUCCCAUAAGUAGCCAUUUCCCCCAAUCCAUGGCAACUACCUGUCGCAACACACCAACUCAGAGAUAUGGAACCCUCCAUUUUUCCCUUCAUUCUAAUCCCUCGCAGAUACAUAAUGAGCUGCAGCCUGAUCUCUGAAGAAGCCUUAGCCUGUAUUCGAUAGCCAUCUUUUAAUCCAAAGCCAGAAGAAAUAAAAAUUCUUAAAGAAGCAAGUCCAAAUGGGACACCAAGGACCGUAUUCAGGGCCAUGUGACUUGCUUUUGAUCUGUGUAGGCUCUGACUAGUUUCUGUGUGAUCUGUUCACUGAUAAAUUAAAACAAGAUGCUAUGCUGGAGCUGAUCUAUUUAAAUGUCAUGGAGACAAUGCUUAAAGUCUGCUAAUUGAAGAAGAUCUCACUGAUCAUGGCUGGGGUAUACCCAGACUGGAGCUCAAAUCAGGGGGAGCUGGUAUGUACAAUUCCACUUACAGAGAUUAGGAGCCCAUUUAGUCCUUUGUACUUGCUCCACCCCUUCGGAAGAGCUAGCCAAGUAGCUCCACACUCUCUGCUGUUGUCCCACGAGCAAAGCAAAUUUUUUUCUUUUCAAGUAUUUUGUAUCAACAAUAUUUGUGGCUUCCCUCCCUUCAGUGUAAAUUUUCCAUGUCAUUUGUGGGAGGCUUCAUGUAGAUGCUGACAAAAUAUGAUCCAAAGUACUCUUCCCAUUUUAAGCUGUUUCAUGGCUGUUGGCCUGUUGACUGUAAGCCAAUCAUUUGGCAAUUGUCCAAAGCAGUUUCUUCAAGAGAAAAUAGACCAUUGCAGUGAAUUCAAAAUCCUUAAAAUUCUUUAAUUCUUAAAUUCUUUAAGAAUUCUUAAAUUGUUUUCAAAACCAUGGAUGUUGGGAAUUUCUGUGCUUUUGUCCAAUGGGGAAAGCAGGCCCAGAGUCGUGGUUUUGGUUCUAAAGCCUCCUAGGUGUUGGUGGAACAAGCAGGUUAUCCAGAAUAUCAGUGAAUGUAACGUGGGAACCCUGGCCACCUCCACUUCCCAACAAGCGAUUUACUGAAAAAACUCAUAAAGUGAUGGAGUUACUUAGCAGCCUUUUACUUUUUUAUUUCACCGACACUUCUUUUCUUGAAGUGCCCAACUUGAAGUUCUGCUCUUGUCAUCAACAUUAAUGUCUAUUUCUGUUUCCUUGUUCAGCUUAAUUACAUUCAAAUCAAAUCAAAUCCAAGUUUAAUUAUCAUUCAGCUGUUUGAAGUAGUGUUCCUCUGGGGCCAAGGUGCAAAAUGUACACAGCAUAGUCACGCAAAAAAGAUCAUAUAGCUGUCUUGUCUUUGAGCAGGUAACUACCAAUUAUUUUUCUCUUGAUCACUUCUACCCCUUUUUAAAUUUCAAAUUCACAGCACUGGUAUACUGGGGUGAGGUAGAGAUGGGGCAGACCCUCUUCCAUUUGUAAGAGCAACCUUUGCAGGCUAGGUUAUCAUUUACGAUAGCCUACAGAUAGCACUCCCAGCUCUGAAGCAGAAAAUUGUAGAUUCAAGCCUUGUGCUGGGGAACAGAACCCUUAUCUAAGCUGACAUUCUGCUGUUGUACCAUCAGAGCUGCCAACAUUUGGAGGAGACACUAAAAAGGACUUGAACAGAUGCCAUUGCUUUGCUCUGCUAGAAAGGGCUUACUCAGUUGUGAAUGUGGCUCGGGCGCUCCUUUCAUUAGAUCUAACUGCUGUGUGGCAAGUUAUGGAAAAAAAAACAAAGUGAAAGUUCCUCAGAUAUUUUGCACGGUGUUUAUCUUUCAGUCUACCUUCCCAAAAUGAGACCAGAUGGAUACUAAUCUCAUUGUUAUUUGUGGGAUCUUGCUAUGCUUAGUUGGCUACUACAUUUCCUGCAACAGAACACUGACUACACUUCACAUCUAUGUCGCUGCCAAUGAAGUUCCUUGGCUCACCCUGAAUGUGUGCAAAGGGGCAGAGAAAUAAAUGUGAUUUCUCUCCUCCUGAACUUCUUGCUAUUUUUGAUAAUGUGCUGAACAAACUGGAAGCAAGAUUCUCUGCCUGUUUUGAGUGAGUUAUAGUAGGGAGCUGUGCUUGAAAUGUAAAAUACUCUGUAAUAUUGUGACAUAGUCUGUAAUAUAAUUCAGUGUAUUGGAAAUUUGGAAAUGGGUGAAGCAGACUGCAAAUGUUACAUGUGUCGAGAUUGUCUUUCAUCUACUGUCAAAUCUUUAAUUUUUCUGUUUUCCCCUGUUAACAAAUGCGAUAAUGGUUUGCAAACCUUUUGCAUUGUAUUAAGCUAUUGCUUUGCAUUUGUAUAUGUCUAUCCUUUGGUAUUUUAUGGCGCACGAACAGGCAGUGAUAAAAAUCCUUGACCACAUUGACGCCCACUCUCAUCACAAAUUCAGCUCCCGAUGUUUGAAAAUUAUAGCCAAUGUGUGUCCUGUUAACAAAAGCAGGAGUUGUAGUUGUUUGGAUACGGGUGUGACUGACAAGAACAUAUAUUGUCCAUCUCAAUCCGAUCCACAAGAAGGAGGUAAUGAGUUAUCUUGAACCAGUGCAGUCUGUGUGGUGGGACCCCUCCUUGCAAUGCCGUUAUAGGGGCUCCAAGAUAUUGACCCAGUGACAAUGAAGAUCCAGUCAACGUGACUCCAGUUGGUAUAACUUGUAAAUCAGAGGUGGUGUCCUCGUUGACUUUCUGGGUGUCUGAGGUGAUGAACAAGGAUGAUUUGUAUUGUGUGGGUUGAGCAGGUUGUAGGAUAUUGGUUGUAGACACUUUUAAGCUCCAGCACCAUGUUUUGAAGUGGCCAGAUGUGAACUAGUAACCAGGAAACUCAUUGGGUCCAUUGAAAUGCUACUGAAUUAAAGCAAGAUUCAGUUCUCUGUUUCUCUCUGGAAGGACGUCUGAGCCUCAAGUUGGCCUGUGACAUUGCUUGGCUCUUUGUGUGUCGUGUACAUUUGCGUACCGCACCUCUCUAGUAUAUCUGUCAAACCCUCCUGUUUGGAAGUGCCCAACUUUUACUUUCAUGGUUUAAGCCAUACAUUGCUGUCACGAAGUAAUCGGAAACACAGUCAGUUUAAAUUCUAUUCAUGCUGACUUUCAAACUACUGACCCUAAUUUAAUCUUUGUACUCUACUUCGGGCUUUACCUUCCGAUAAGAGAGUAUUGGAAGUAUCUUCUGCUCUCCCCUCCCCUCUGUGCUGUUGAAGUUCACACUGGAUAAACCAGUCAGGAAGAACGAGCACAAAGCUGAAGUGUACGUGAGAGCAGAUCAGGAGAGAUGUUGUGGGUCUUGCGACAACUUGUGACUGGUUUCAGUGAUAUUUUGAUCAUUCUCGAUAGAGAGUAGGGUUCAAAAUCUCACUAUCUAGGGACUGGUUUGACUCACCAUCUCGGUUCAGUUCUUCCUCUGCUCUCACCUCCACCACACGCAUUUCUAACUCUUGCCACCAAAUUUAGAUACUGGCUGUAGGCAGCAUUUUUUUUUUCACAGCCAACAAUUGGCUUCUGUACUAUCCUAUCACUUGAGAUGGGAUGUUUGCAACAUUGUGGAGACUUCCUUAUAUUUGAAAAUCAAAAAAAUUUCAGAUGCAGGAAUCUGAAAUAGAGACAGAAAAGCCUGCUGAUGCUCAACAAGUCAGAUGGUAUCUGUGGACAGAGAAACAAAGGUAAUGUUGUGUAAAGUAAUAUUGUGGUCCUGGUAAAGAGUCUCGGCCUGAAACACUGACUGUUUCUUCAAAGUUCAAAGUACACUUUAUUAUCAAAGUAUGUAUAAAUUAUACAACCUUGAGAUUCAUCUGCUUACAGGCAGCCACUGAACAAGAAACCAAAUUUUCAAAAAUGAUCAACACCCAUUGCAGAGAGAGAGAGAAAAAACAAAUGAAAUCAAAUCCUGCAAGCAAUAAAACAAGCAUCAGCAUUCAGAACAAAACUGAGUCCAUGAACCCGAAGCUGGGAACAGCUGGAGUGGGCCCAUAGUAUCCAUAGGUGCUGGCUGACCUGCUGAGUUCCUCCAGCAUUUCAAAUAUGCUACUAUGGAUUUCCAGAGAAUCUCUUGUGUUUAACAAUAGUAAUGUUUUCAGUCAAGGGCAUUUCAUCAUAAUGAAUGAGGAGUCUUUAAACUGAAAUGCUAACUCCUCUUUCCACAGAUACUUCAUGAUUUGCUGAGAGUCACCAGCAUUUCCUGAUUUCCUCCCAUUCAUUCACAGAAUGUGUAUGCGGUCAAUAAGGCUGGCAUUUAUUGCCCGUGUACAAUUGACCUGAGCAGCCUCUAUGCCAGUUUCCCAGAAUACUUCCCAUGACAGUGAGUUCCACAUCUGUUAAUACUUCUGACCCCUGGUUGUGAAAAGGGGGUGGGUCGGUUUGUCUAGGAGCUUUGCCCAUGAUCACAUGAUGGAGCAGACUUGAUGGGCCAAAUGGCUCAUUUCUGCUCCUAUCUCUUAUGGUCUAUGUCACUGUUAGCAAUCAACCUGACUCCUCUACAGAGAGAAAGAGUUGCCACUUCUAGCUGUCUCUCUUGCUUUUCUCCCACCAAUCACUUUACCAAUUUGAAGUUCUUGUUUGUAGUGGGAGGAUAGAAUUUGCCAAUCAGUGUUUAUUUAUUUUUAGAGAUACAGCAUGCAACCAGGCCCUUCCAGCCCAAUGAGCCCACAACACCCUGUAACAAUGGGUUCUGCUAGAGAAGCUGAAUUCUACAGAUGCUUACUUUAGUUGUAUGGGAGUUGGAUUAUAGUUGAAUGUACUUCUGCAGAGAUAGCAGACAGCAAUUUACACAGACUUGUGGCUGAGAAUUGAACUCAUCUGGAUCAACCAUGUCAACCAUGCUUCGUGGCAGCAAUGUAGAAAGACAUGAUUUGGUAAAGGUGCUAUAAGAUGUAGUAUUUUAGAACACUUAGCAUCAAAGCUUGGUUGAAACUUUAGUAAGAGUGGAAUGUCAUUCUAUAUUCCUGCAUAUGGUCAGUAGGGACUCAGUGGUCUGAAAGGCUGCCUAACAUGCUUAGCCAUUCUGUAUAUCUCUGACUGUAAACUGAGUGGUUUGGCAGACAUAUUGAAGGACAGUUAACAUUCAUUGUGGGCCUGGAAUCAAAUGCAAGCCAACUGGGUAAGAGCAGUGAAUUUCCUUCUCUGGGAGACCUGGAAUCAGUUUUAUCCCCCCCCCCCCACCAAAUUCCAGUACAUAUUUAAAACAAAAUCCAGAAUUGAAAUAGCUGAAUUUAUCUUCCCCAGCUGUCAUGCUAGAAUUUGAACUUUUGCUUUUGGAUCAGUACAUUAGGUAUCUAGAUUACUCAGCAACAGCUUAACCACCAGUUAGCAUUAAAUACAAAGAAAACAAAAUACUGGAAAUACUCAGCAGGUCAAGCAAUGUCUGUGGAAAGAGAAAAUGUUGAUGUUUCUGGUCUGGGACCCUGAGGUUCUGAUGAAGGGUUUCAAACCUGAAGCAUUAACCCUGUUUCUCUUUCUGCUGCCUGUCCUGUUAAGUGUUACAGCAUUUUCUAUUUUCAUUUUGGCUUUUCGGCAUUUGUGUAUUGUUAAAUUUUCAUUUUCUGUUACAGUUCCCAACAUAAGUGGAAGCUGUUUUUUUUAGUUAAAACAGUUCAACAGCAAAUAUCAAAACCUAGAUGGAAAUACCCAGAUGGUAUUGGUGUCCUAUUCACUUAUGAUAUUGUGACACAAUUUUUAUUUUAGCUAUUUUGGGGAGUUUUAACUCUCUUACAGCACCCAAACCCCUUUUGUCCAAACUGGGUUUUGCUGGCAGGACUGUCCUGCUGAUUUAAUGCCUGGGCACUCCUGGAGCAUGGGCAAUACCUUCAUGUAGUCCUACAGCGUUCACUGGUAAACCAUGAGUGAUUUUGUCAAUUGCCCCGGGCUUAGGGGUUUUGUAAACCCCAGCUUUGCGCAUACACUAAUUUGGAUCAUAUGCUUUCCUGAUUCAACUCUAAGAAUGGAUGCUUUGUCGUCAGUCUCCAGUGCUCACAGAUCUUCAAAGUGGAUUGUGGGAGAACGUCCAUAAGUCGGGUGAUGUUGGAUGCACAGUGGGGUCAGGUGAAAUACUGCAGUAGCAGGAUUUGUUGUGUCUCUGCCUUCUCAAAUUAAGGAGGGAACACAAGGAAUUGGGUAAUGCGCUUCAAUCUAACCCUAUCCAAUUCUUGCUUCCUCUGAGAAUCCCAGCAACUCAGAAUUUGCUCUAAGGGUUGGUGAUAAGUUAGGAACGGGAAUGAACAGUUAGAUCCUAUCACUAUGGUUGAAAUCAUAAAAGCCUGUAAAUUAAUUUGUAUGUGCUAGCUCUCCAAGCUAGACUGCAAUUAGAAUCAUUUAUAAUUUUGUCAAAGUGGUAAAACAAAAUCCUUCUUUGCUAAAAUAGAUGGUUCUGAAAUGAAUGUACAGCAUUUAACAAGGUUGGAGUCUGACACUGUUACCCAUGGAAUCCUUUUCCAUUCCACUAUAAUUUAAGUUUUAGGAUUUUUUCAACAAGUACUUUUGAGCAUGUUUUGAAAUAAAAAUACACUCUAUCCUGCUUCAGUCUUCUCAACCAGUUCAUGGGUAAAACAGCCCAUUAUAUUUUCAGAGUUGCAAAGGAAUGGAAAACUUGCAAUGGUGACUUUACAGAUUGUUGAUGCAAAAAUUUACUGUGUGAUCAUCAUGUUGCUACUGAGAUUAUUUACCUCUUUAUAAAAUAUACAGAUUGUUUUACUUGAACUGCAUCUGUGUUCUUUUGUGCUCUUUGGGAAGACUAGUUGAACUCCAGGAGGUGGGAAGGAAAGUGGUUUAUAUUUUCCAGCUGCUUUUUGACCAGUGAGACUGCUGACCAAUAGUGUGACUAACAGCCAAUGGCUGGCGACGGGCAUGGUUUCUCUGAUUUGGGGAAACACUGAUGAAUAAUGAAGGAAAAUGACUUCAAAUCCCACUGGAGCUGCUUGAAAAUGUGAUUUUAGUUUACAACCAAUUCUGCAAGUUAAAAAUUGGUAAAGUUAAAAGAUCGGCGAAGUGAAGCUUCCUGCAAAGACUGGACAAUAAUGAACAUGGUUCUUUUGACAUGAAGAAACAGCAACUUCCAUCACUGGACUCCUUGCCCUUUUAUGGAAUGUGGAGACCUCUC